AUGUCUGUCCGAAAACGCAACGAGUUCCUAGAGGGCGACGAGAGUGACGGAGAAUCGGAUAAUGGCUACGACUCCGAGGCGGACGAAGGAAGAGGCGCGAUCGCGAACAAGCGCCGCAAAAUCGACGCCGAAUCUGGAUCAGAAGCAUCAUUCGACGGCGUAGAAGAUGAAGGGGAGGAUCUCGAGCCAGUCAAAGCAGUAGCGGAGGACUCGCGAUUCGACUUUUCGAAACUCGGAGCAGAAGAAGAGGCAGAACUUGAGCAGGAAGAUGAGGCGGAAAUCUCGCAAUCGAAGCGCAAAAAAUCCAAGGCGCAAAAGGAACUCGAAGCCGCGGCAAAAAAGACGCGAAAGUCGGGCGUCAUCUACAUCUCUCGCGUACCGCCCUUCAUGAAACCGCAGACACUCAAACACUUCCUCGCACCUCACGCCUCGAAAGGCUUGAAUCGCAUCUUCCUCACGCCUGAAGACCACUCGCAACACCAGAACCGCGUCAAGCGAGGCGGCAACAAGAAGAAAUCUUACACAGAUGGCUGGGUGGAAUUCAAUAGCAAGACCGAAGCCAAACUCGCCGCGGAAGCUCUGAAUGGGAAUAUCAUCGGGGGCAAGAAGGGUGGUUAUUACCAUGAUGAUAUUUGGAAUAUCAAGUACCUGAAGGGUUUCAAGUGGGAUAACUUGACUGAGCAGAUUAGGAAUGAGAAUGCCGAAAGGGCGGCGAGGCUGAAGCAGGAGAUUUGGAAGACGAGGAAGGAGAAUAAGAGGUUUGUGGAGGAUGUGGAGAAGGGGAAGAUGGCGGAGACGAGGGAGAGUAAGAAGAGAGCGAGGAGGGAGAAG